GAAAGGGAAAGGGAAAGGGAAAGGGAAAGGGAAAGAGACGUUCUCUCUUCUUUAAUUAGCAUUUACAAACAACAAACCAAAAACAAAACAAAAAUAUUUUUUCCCUUGGAAGACACAGUCUUUUGUUGUCUUACCAGCAUCAAAACUCAGGUAUAUCUUGGAAUUAUAUGUUGGAGGAAAGGUCUUUGAUCUGAAGAUUGAUGGUAUUUGCGGCUCCGGUUUGCAUCUCAAGGUAGCUAGAGGGUUUUUUCUUCUUCGUUUUUUUUCUUUUCGAAUCGGUGAUGAUAGAAUGUAUUGCUGUUAAGGUUGUCUGUUAGAUCCUAUGAUAAGGCCCAACAAUGGUGUCGACGUUGAACAUGGAGAAGAAAUGGGUGUUUCCCCUUGUGAUAAGUUCUCUCAUAUGCACGAUCCUUGUUGUCACUUGCUUUAAUAUGGGACUUGUUUCUUCGGUUCACAAAAUCAACUCGAUCUUCUCCAUUUUUCCUUCUCAUAUGAAUCAAAGGAAGCUGGGCUAUGCUGAAUCGAAGAUUGAUAUUGUUCCUUUGUUACCACCUCCUGCUGGUCUGGCAUUACCUCGUUUUGCAUACUUGGUUUCUGGAUCAAAGGGUGAUCUGGAAAAGCUUUGGAGAACUCUUCAUGCUCUGUAUCAUCCACGGAAUCAAUACGUUGUUCAUUUGGACCUCGAGGCACCGACAGAGGAGAGAUUGAUGCUUGCUUCCAGAAUAAAUAAUCAUACGAUUUUUUCGAAAGUCGGGAAUGUCUAUAUGAUCACCAAGGCUAAUAUGGUUACUUAUCGAGGACCAACCAUGGUCGCCAAUACUCUCCACGCUUGUGCCAUUCAUCUUAACAGAAGUAAAGAUUGGGAUUGGUUUAUCAAUCUUAGUGCAUCGGAUUAUCCUCUUGUGACUCAAGAUGAUCUUAUUUAUGCAUUUUCUGAUAUAAACCGGAACCUUAAUUUUAUUGAACAUACAAGUCAGCUUGGCUGGAAAGAGGAUAAAAGAGCUAUGCCUUUGAUUAUAGACCCCGGACUCUACAAGUCAACCAAGUCUGAUAUAUUUUGGACUUCACAAAAGCGAACAUUACCUACUGCAUUUAAAUUAUUUACUGGUUCGGCAUGGACUGUGUUGUCGCAUUCAUUUGUGGAGUAUUGUGUUUGGGGUUGGGAUAAUCUGCCGAGAACUCUUCUGAUGUACUACACAAACUUCCUAUCCUCUCCCGAAGGCUACUUUCAGACUGUCGUAUGCAAUGCCCCGGAGUUUGCUAAGACUGUUGUCAAUCAUGAUUUGCAUUAUAUUUCAUGGGACAAUCCUCCUAAACAGCACCCUCAUGUCCUUACGGUUAAUGAUUCGGACAAGAUGGUUCAAAGCAAUGCUGCUUUUGCUCGAAAAUUCAAUCAAGACGAUCCCGUGUUGGAUAAGAUUGAUAAGGAGUUGCUUGGCCGGGAAAAGGGGAGCUUCACCCCGGGUGCUUGGUGCUCUGGUGAACCAAAAUGCUCAGAAGUUGGAGAUAAGAACAAGAUAAAGCCAGGUCCAGGAGCUGAAAGGCUUCGUCAACUCAUAGCUAAGUUGUCCACGAAAGCUACUCUCAGGCGAGAUCAGUGUAAAUAGGUUUCACGGUGAGGAUGUUCGAUCAAUGAGGCUGACACGGCUGAGAAAUUUGUAUCUAAUAGUUUUGCUUCAACCAAUAGGUAUUCAAAUUCCUAGCCAUGUCGAGG